AUGACGAUAAGAAGUGUGGAUCUACGAUCAGACACAGUGACUAGACCCACUGAUGCCAUGCGCGAAGCAAUGGCUAGUGCAGAAGUGGACGAUGACAUCCUUGGCUACGACCCAACGGCUCGCCACCUUGAAGAGAAGAUGGCUAAGAUGAUGGGUAAAGAGGCAGCUCUCUUCGUGCCAUCAGGUACAAUGGGGAAUCUGAUAUGCGUUAUGGUUCACUGCGAAGUGAGAGGUAGUGAGGUGAUUCUUGGAGACAACAGUCACAUCCAUGUUUACGAGAAUGGAGGGAUAUCAACAAUAGGAGGCGUGCAUCCCAAGACAAUCAAGAAUGAAGAAGACGGGACAAUGGAUUUGGAGGCUAUAGAAGCAGCUGUUAGAGACCCUAAAGGAAACACGUUUUAUCCAUCUACAAGGUUGAUUUGCUUGGAGAACACACACGCCAACUCUGGAGGGAGAUGUUUGAGUGCUGAAUACACAGAUAGUGUUGGAGAGAUUGCAAAGAGACAUGGUCUGAAGCUUCAUAUCGAUGGAGCUCGCCUCUUUAAUGCUUCCAUCGCACUUGGAGUUCCAGUUCAUAGGCUUGUACAGGCUGCUGACUCUGUUUCGGUGUGUCUCUCUAAAGGUCUUGGAGCUCCGGUAGGAACUGUAAUCGUUGGUUCAAGUAGUUUCAUAGAGAAGGCGAAAACAUUAAGGAAAACAUUAGGUGGAGGAAUGAGACAAAUAGGAGUUCUGUGUGCAGCCGCUUUGGUCGCACUCCAAGAGAACCUCCCAAAGCUACAAUUUGACCACAAGAAGGCAAAGUUGUUAGCUGAAGGGUUGAAUCAAAUGAAAGGGAUUAGAAUAAACGUUGCAGCCGUGGAGACCAACAUGAUAUUCAUGGAUAUGGAGGAUGGUUCAAGACUUACUGCUGAGAAAGUGCGCAAAAGUCUCACGGAUUGUGGCAUUCUUGUUCUCCCGGGAAACACAUCCUGGAUCAGAAUGGUUAUACACCACCAGAUAACAACAAGUGAUGUGCAUUACACUUUGUCUUGCUUACAACAAGCAGUGCAAAUGAUUCAGGAGUGCAAAUGA